AUGAACUGUUGGGUGUGUGUCCUGCUACUCCUCGUUGGGGUGAGGAAGAGCAGAGCAAACGUCGUGGAGGAUGAUAUUUACUACCAGAAGGAGGAAGUGGACAAACUUACCUUCUCCCUUGAUCAUCGAGUGAGAGAUAACUCCAUUGAAGAAUGGCCGGAAGACACAAAUGGGGAAAAUGCCUAUGGGUAUAUAAACAAGGCAAUAACAAAAAUAUUCAGGGUAACCUCUGAAGAAGAAAAAAAAAAUUUUUUUUCUUUGAACAAAGAUUUGAAAACGUGUGAUUAUAUUAUCGAAAAGGGGUCCUUAAAGACGGACUUGAAAAAUAACAAGUGUUACAAGAAGAUCGUCUGUGGGGUUAUCCCUCACGCUAAUUACCUACAGGGGGAGUCCAAGAGCAAAGAGGGAAAGGAAUUAACCCAUUGCGCCUACAUGGAUGACACGAACAUUCUUAUUUACCACUUGGGGCAGCCACAACUACUGAAGCCAAAUGUUAUGUACCAAGAAAUAUUUUUCCAGGAAAGUGAAAAAGGAGUUAUCAACUGUCACGGAAUGGAUAUUAGCCUAAGGUAUGUAGGCAUUCACACUAAUGGCAAUAACAAUUGCAUACAAGACUACCUCCAUGAUCAUCUUAAAAAUUUAUGUAAUGGGAAAAAGUUGUGUGAAAUUGAUUUUAAAAUGGUGAAGCAUGAAAAAUGCAUACUGGGAUCCAAUUUCCUUAUCCACGUUAAUUACGAAUGCGUAGAUAGAUGCCAACAAAAAGAGAAUCAAACGUGUGACAUUUACAAAGGGGACGGACGCAUAGCUACUUGCAAAUACGGGUAUAACGCGCUUCCAGGUAUUAGUAAAAUUUGUGAAAAGAAUUACAAGUGUAAGAGUAGGAUUUGUUCGGUAAACGAGUUUUGUGACGAGUUAACGGAAUCGUGCGUGUGCAAAACUUCUCUUCUUCCGGUGGAGAAAACACAAUGUUCAUACAAGAACGUGUGUGACGCGAUUAAGUGUCCUACAAACUCCACUUGCGUUGUUGACGAGAACACGAAGAAGGGAGAGUGCAGGUGCGAAGAUGAUAAGUAUCUAUACAAAAACAAAUGCUAUAGCAUGGAAGAAUUGGAGAAACUCAUAAAGACACAGACCACUCCUCAGAACAAACCAUACAAAAAUGAACUCUUCAUCCGUUCCGCUUUAAAGCCUGAACAUAUUUACAUGCAUUGUGAGGAUGGCUAUUUCAUCGAGGUGGUUAAUGCAACUCUCUCCUGUUAUCACGUCCCGUUCAGGGAGAACAAAAUUAAGUACAUCACUGAUAGACUGCGGGAGAUUUGCAAUGGCAAGAGUAGGUGCUUUUUUGGAAACAGUGUGGACAAGGUGGUACCCCCCCUAGACCCCGCUAAUACGUGUGGCACGAAGGGAAAUAUUUAUCAGUACGAGUAUGUGUGUGUGGGUGCGUCAACCUGGGGCACCUCUUCAUCGGCAUUGUUACAACUCUCAGUAUUGGAACCAGGAAAGCCCCUUCCCUCCACGACUAGGCGCAUCAUGGAGAAAGGUGCAAUUUUUAGGAGCAGGUUCAACAGCCAAAUAGAAUGUCCAGGGGGAUUUAUAACAGUAAACAGGGCUCUUCUAAAAGGGGGUGACGGUUGCGAGGAUCUCGACCUAACGAAUUCAGUUAAGGAGUACUGUGACAAGCUAAGCUCUUGCGAUGUCGGAUUAAUGUACCACUUUGAUACCUACUGCAAAAAUGAUCAAUACCUGUUCCUGCACUACACUUGUGUGGACCUAUGCACAAGAUGUGGCCCUAAUUCUUCCUGCUAUGGCAACAAGCACAAAUAUAAGUGCUUCUGCAAUAGUCCCUAUGUAAAUAAAAAUAAUAAUUCCAAUUGUGAAGUACCACGAACAUGCAAUUCCCAGGUAUGUGGAAAAAAUCAAACUUGCAAAAUGAUCAAUAACAAACCGACAUGUAUAUGUGCAGACAAAUACCAAGAUGUGAAUGGUGUGUGUGUACCGGAAGAGAAGUGUGAUCUUCUGUGUCCCUCAAAUAAAUCAUGUUUAAUAGAAAAUGGAAAAAAAAUAUGCAAAUGUAUUAAUGGUUUGACUUUAGAGAACGGAGUUUGUAUCUGCUCCAAUGAAAACCAAAUUGAGGAUGGACAAUUAUGUUUGCCGAAAAAUAAAUGCAAACGGAAGGAAUACCAAAAUGCUUGUACAAAUGAGAAGGAACAAUGUGUGUAUGAUGAACAGAAAGAUAUUGUGAGGUGCGACUGUGUGGAUCACUUCCAGCGUAACGAUCGAGGAAUUUGUGUCCCAGUCGAGUACUGCAAAAAUGUCACCUGCAAGGAAAAUGAGAUUUGCAAAGUUAUAAACAACACACCCACGUGUGAAUGUAAGGAAAAUUUAAAAAGGAAUAAUAAGAACGAAUGUAUAUUCAAUAAUAUGUGUCUUGUUAAUAAAGGCAACUGUCCCCCUGAUUCAGAAUGUAUUUAUCACGAGAAAAAAAAGCAUGAGUGUUUGUGUCAUAAGAAGGGACUCGUCGCUAUUAAUGGAAAGUGUGUCUUGCAGGAUAUGUGCAGGACUGAUCAGAAUAAAUGUUCAGAAAAUUCCAUAUGCGUAAAUCAAGUAAAUAAAGAACCAUUAUGCAUAUGUUUGUUUAACUAUGAGAAAAGUAUAGCGGGUCUCUCCACUCAGGGGGCUCAUACGUGCGUGAUGAAUAAUCCGUGCCUCACAAAUAAUGGCGGCUGCUCGCCAAACGAGAUUUGCACACUUAAAAAUAGAAAAGUGGUUUGUUCCUGCGGGGAAAAUUAUCGUCCCAAGGGGAAGGAAAGCCAACUGGGUCCGAUGGCUCAGCGGGGUCAAUUAGGUAAACUGGGUCAACUGGGACAAUUGGGUCAACUUGGUCAACUUGGUCAACUUGGUAAACGUGGAAAACUGGGUCAACUUGGAAAUCCCCCCACACCAGAAGAUAAUGCAUGUAUUCCCAAAGCAUCCGAGGCGGACCAAACCUUCAGCUUCAAGUACAACGACGAUAUGGCCAUCAUUCUUGGAUCUUGCGGAAUCAUCCAGUUUUCACAAAAAAGUGAACAAGUCAUAUGGAAAAUUAGCAAGAGUCAUAACUUUUACAUUUUUAAUUAUGAGUACUCAUCUGAGGGUAUGUUGGAGGCACAAAUUGUUAACAAACAUACGAGUAGCAUUUUGUACUUAAAGAAAAGGCAAGGGGGGAAAGUCUUUUAUGCUGACUUUGAGUUGGCUCAUGAGGGAUGCUCCUAUGGAAACAUGUUUCCCUACAGUCACUCGAUGAUGGCUUAA